GACAGCCCUCCGCUUUUGCUUGUUUCAUUUUCUCUUACCAGUUUCUAAGAACAACGCCGCUGCGGAAACCCCCAGCUGUCCACCGACGACACAGCUCUCUCAGGCAGUAACUAAAAGCAGUGUAGGGUUAUUGUAGAUCUAUAUUCACCGCUUUUACUUUCUAUUUCAGUCGCACGCUCUCGAAAACUGGGUUCGACCGGUUUCUCGGCAUCUCGCGGAAAUAAUGGUUUUAUUUUACAUACUUUUGGCUGUUUCUCUGAUGAGCUUUCUGCCAGACCUCCAAGUUUCCAGUGAUCUAAGCUGUGCAGAAAAACCUGAGUUCACUCAAUCCAGUCUGGUGGUGCAGUUCGGGAAGCCGACCUCCGCCCUCUGCUCUCUGUCCUCUUUUCACAACAUAUUUGAUAUUGAAAGCCCUAUUGGAGUCCGAAAAAGGAAUGGGACAACGGUUUCAUGGACCGUCAACAGCAUGACUGAGUGGAACAUUCGUUUAUCGUGCUAUUAUACCAAUGACACUACUGAUGAGCAGUGCUUCAGCAUCUUGCCUAUAACUGUCUACAAGCCUCCGGAUAAUGUCUCCAUCAGCUUCGUAAAUCACGCCGGGCCGAUGUCUGAGGGUCAGCAGUACACUCUGCAGUGUGACGUACAGGAUGUUGCUCCUGCGCAAAACCUCAUAGUGACUUUCUACAGAGGACAGACGGUACUGGGUGAACUAAAGAGUAAUAAAGACCAGAAGAAACCCGUGAGUGAGGUCUUCACUUUGAACAUCACGUCCACUAAAGAAGAAGAUGGACUCCAGUUCUGGUGUGAAGCAAAGCUGGAGUUGGGAGCUGAAGGACCACAGCAGCCUCCAGUGGUGGAGUCAGAGAAACUCACUGCCACCGUCCUCUAUAAACCUCAGCUAAAGGCACCCUUAAGUCUAGAUCCGAUCAUCGUCCAAGAGGGAAACCCUCUGCAGCUGAACUGCUCGUCUGUGGGAAACCCCCCACCAUUGUAUACAUGGACUCUCCCUUCAAAAACCACUCUCUCCUCCAAUUACAGCAGCUUCUUCAUCAACUCUACAACUCCUGAAGAUGAAGGGCUCUACAUCUGUUCUGUCACCAACGACAAAGGAUCCAUCACUUUUAAGUUUGCUGUACAGGUUAAAGUCAACAACCUCGCAUACAUCAUAUGUAUGGCGGUAUUAGGAGUUUUUCUGGCUGUCGUCUUGGUGGGGAUUGCAUACUUCAGUUACCAUAGAUACUAUAAAGUGGGAGGCUACAACAUGUUGGCUCGUUUUCAUUCAGCACAAAAACAGACUGCCACCCCCCCUUUGUAAGUCUGCUGGAGUUCAUAAAGUGUGUAUGGAGAGUUGUUGCUUCCCUUUCUCUCUGAUUUGGUCUUCCUGCAGCCUUUCUACAGGAGCCAUCUAAUGACUCAAAAUGGUAACAGUAAAAAAAUAAAAAAGGUAUUUAAGAUUAGGGUUGGAUUAUUGAAACUUAUUGUCUAUUAUAUUUCAUUAAAUGGACAAAGAAUUUUUGCAACACGGGUUAAAACAGAUAAUGCCAAAGCAGUAAAUACAGUAAGGGGCAGCUAAAAUACAUCAAAUCCAUUAAAUACUUCACAGUGGUGGGGCUUGUUUGUGUGUGUGUAAGGAUGGAGUUAUGAUGGGUGCAAGAACUGUAUAGUAAUGAAAUGCUCACUGGAUCUAAGCGUGUAAAUAGUGUAACGAUGUUUUUUUCAAUAUAAAUAAAUGGCACUGUGUAGAAUGA